CCCCCUUUUAAUUAAUUAAAAAUAGACUAGAUUGGAAAUAGAAAAAUAAAUAAAUAUCACAACAGAGAUCUUAGCUUCAAAUCUUUUAUUAUUUCCCUUUGCCCUUCCUCUACUUCAGAUCUUCAAGUAGAGAAGCAGAAACAUAAAAAUGGUGAGUGGUGAUAAUAAUAGUAGAUCUCAUCAUCAUUCUGCAGAUUUUCUACUAAUCAAACAAGAUGACAAGUUCUUCUCAAGGCUUUUGUCUAAGGAAACUAGUGCUAAAGGAGGAGGAGUUGGUGAGUCUUCUUUUAGGUAUUAUUACUGUGGUGGAUCUUCUGGUUCAAUUCCAUUUGUAUGGGAAUCUCAACCAGGUACUCCUAAACACAAAUUCUCUGAUAUUUCUCUUCCUCCUCUCACUCCUCCACCUUCCUAUCAAACGAAUGCUCCAUUGCCUAAACAAUCAAAAUCUAAUAAAUUCUUCUUUUCAAUUUUCCCUAAAAUCAUUCCCACCACAAAGGUAAUCACUACCUCUCCUUCGGUUUCAUCGAUGAAUUAUAAUUCAAACAGAAGAAAUUACCGUUCCAGAUCAGAAAUUGAUCAGAUCCAGAUCCCUUCUUCACCAACUUCAACACUCUGUUUUGGAAGCAGAAUGAGGAAUUCAAAGCGUUUUCGACUCAAUUCUAAGAAUGUGAAGAAGGCAUUUUCAACUUUCGUUGGUAAUUAAAUCAUUUUUAUCUGAAAACAUGGUGUUCAUCUUGUACAUCAGUAUUUUGCUACUAAUAAUUUCGGGAUCAUGCUUUUUCUCUUUUUUCUCUUCUCUCAACUGGUAAUGUCAAUUUUCUUAUAUUCAA